AAGAUACUGCUGCUUCUGACCCGGGUUAUUAAGGGGAGAUAAAACCUGAAGUUUGUCUUCCUCCGUUUUUGCGUAUGCAAGAAAAUUGAUUAUUUUUACAAAGCACAUAAACUUGUGUAACCUUUUUCUGAGUCGAGGACCGGGUGGACAUGAAGCUGAGGAUCACAAAGUAAAGUGGAUUCUGUACUAACUGCGCCUACAGUCUUGGAUGGCUUUGUAGCUUUCAUCAUUAAGUUUAGCCGUGGGAGGGAGACGCUACUGAAUUUGCAAAAAUGGAUAAUAAAUAUGAUGAUCUGGGCCUAGAGGCAAGUAAAUUUAUAGAAGAUCUCAAUAUGUAUGAAGCCUCCAAGGAUGGCCUCUUUCGGGUGGACAAAGCUGUUGGCAACAACCCAGAAUUUGAGGAAACCAGGAGAGUUUUUGCCACUAAAAUGUCCAAAAUUCAUCUUCAGAAACAGCAGCAGCAGCAGCAAGAAGAGGAGCUGAUGUUGGCUGACUCUGGCUCUCUAAAUGGCGGGGCCAGUUUCAGUGUCCAGCAGCAGUUUCCAAACCAUCCUGUGCCUGGAGUAGCUGCAGGGGCCAGUAAAUUGCAUUCAGGAGAAAAUAUUGCCAAACCUCCUCUGGCCACAGCAUCAGUGUGUGCAGCGCACCAGCUUGCUUUUCCACACCACCCACAAGCUGUUCCUGAUGGGCAGCGAACAAAUUUAUACCAAGAUGGCAAAACAGCUAGUAAAGAAUAUGGCUGUAGAGAGAAUCUGGGGGAUUCCAAGGUCUCUGAAGGACACGGGUUCCACAGAGCAGCCCAUGUGAAUCCCAGUGCUACAAAACCUUCUCUUCCCCAUGGACAGCAUUAUAAUGAGAAUCAGACAGGCAUCCCUGCUUGGGGAGGAGAUGCUGGUAAGUUUUCCAUCCCAAAAUCUGGUUUGGGGAGUUUACGAUCCAAUGUUAAUCAUAGUGAUCAGCUGCCAAGGAGUCCUACAAAAACCCAAGCUGAUCCUCACCCGUACCAGCAUCAGAAGUCACUGAGCUCCUGCAGGUCAUCUGAAAGUGGGUAUGGAAGCCAGGAAAAUGGGAAUGAAAGCAACAGACUCAGUCGAGGCUAUGACCAAAACUCAACUGGUCAGAGAUCUUCCUCUUUCUCUCAUACUCUGACCCCCUUUUCCACUUCUGCAGGGUCUGAUGAUGAGACAGCAGUGGGAUUUCCACAGCAGAGAUCUUCCUCAUUCUCAGCCCCAUCAACAUUGCCUGCACGAGGAUUUUCAGGUCUGUCUGAUCAAUUUAACCCAAACCCUGAGAGUGAGAUGCUACCUUCUGGCACAUCACACAAAACCAGUCAUGACCACUCGUUAUGGUACCAUGACAAUUCUAGUUCUUCCACGUCUAGUUCAGUUCCUACUCCGUUGCCUCCAAGCGUAGAUUAUCAGCAAGCCAGUGCUUGUCCCAAGGCUACAGCCCAUUUCAUAGUUCGUGGUCAAAAUCACAGGCUUAAUUGUCCUGGCUCUGGCAUAAGUCCUGAGCAGAAUUCCGUCAGCGUAGCUUCACAUGGGCCAAUGAUUUCUGAUGCUCCAAGGUCUCCGUUUAAAGAGGAUAUAAGCAGUCUGCAGCAUGACUCAGGACACCAGGAAAAUUCCAGUUCUACAAAAGUAAAAUUACCCUGUCAGACCCUCCUUCCACAGCAGGAACAAGGGCCAUCUGCAGCUGAAUUAAAAUUAGAAGCACUUACCCAGCGUCUGGAGCAAGAGAUGGAUGCUCGUCCCAAGGCUGACUACUUUGGAACCUGCGUGAAGUGCAGCCAAGGUGUGUAUGGAGCAAACCAGGCUUGCCAAGCUAUGGGGAAUCUCUACCAUGAUGGCUGCUUCACCUGUGGAGCAUGCAGUCGAAAACUGAGAGGAAAAGCCUUUUAUUUUGUUAACGGAAAGGUGUUCUGUGAAGAAGACUUUCUGUAUUCAGGUUUCCAGCAGUCAGCUGACAGGUGUUUCAUUUGUGGUCAUUUGAUAAUGGACAUGAUCCUGCAGGCUCUAGGGAAAUCAUACCAUCCAGGCUGCUUCCGUUGUGUGAUCUGUAAUGAAUGUCUGGAUGGAGUGCCAUUCACUGUAGACACUGAGAACAAAAUCUACUGCGUCAGAGAUUACCACAAAGUUUUAGCUCCAAAAUGUGCAGCAUGUGGACAUCCCAUUCUGCCGACUGAGGGGUCUGAUGAGACAAUUCGGGUUGUGUCUAUGGACAAGGAUUACCAUGUGGAAUGUUAUCACUGUGAGGAUUGUGGGAUGGAACUCAAUGAUGAAGAUGGACAUCGCUGUUAUCCGCUCGAUGAACAUUUGCUUUGUCACUCCUGUCACCUGAAGCAUAUAGAGAAAGGCACAACUCGAGCAGCUAUGUACCAGCAUCACUACUAGUCAGUACUGCUAAUUCCAAGAAUUAGCCUGUCAGAGGACUUGUUACAGUACACAUUUUUCUCCAGUUGAUUUCCAGUAUGCAUUUUCCCCAAUCAGUAGUUUACAGUAAGAGGAUACAGUGCCAUUAGCUAGAUUUUUUUUCAAGGUUUGUAUGUGUGUGAGCUCCACUCGUAUCACAAAUACGUUUAUUUGAACAUGUAAUGUUUUCCAGGCUGGUCGAUUUCUUUUCCCGUGCCUUUUUCUGAUCUCAAGAGCUACUGAAAAAUCUUCCCAAGUGAAAGUAAAGAGAAGUACAACCAUCUAUCACAUCAGUGAGUUCAUAUCAUGUCAUGCACAAUUAAUAAACCACAGACCUCUCUACUUGCCUGCUGAGAACAUAUCUUCAGUCUGUGAAGUGGUUUCUGACAAGCAUGUUUCAUCAAAUCCCCCAAGGAUAUCAGCUUAUUAAUACUGAUUCUAAGAAUCUUUAUAGUUCUUUAGAAAAAGGGUUCUGUGCACAAAAGCACAUUCAGACUUUUCAGUUUGUUCCCAGAACUCCGAUGCCAGCCUGGCUGUGAAAUGGUUGUGAUGCAGAAUAGCAAUCUGAGCACAAACAAACCAGGCAUCUCACUUGGCUGCUGAAUGUCCACAUCCCAAUAAUUAUUUUUUUUAAACUGGAACAAGACAUACAAAGCCAUCUUGGCAAAUAUGGUCACCUGUGCUGCUGCUUGUGCAUUAGCAUGGUUCACUAGGAAGACUUUGUUGUAUAAAGUCUGAGCAGCAAAUUACAUUUGAAAAUAUUGGAUGCUGAAAAUAUGUACAUGAGGGCAAUCUGUCUCCUAUUAUCUCUUGCAAAAGUCACUUUAGAAAAGAGCUCUGUGCACACAGAUACUUCCUAAGCUUUUCAUUUUGUCCAUGAAGCUCAGACAUCAACACUGCUGUGAAAAAGGUGUGAGUCAGGAGGGCUCAGUACUUACUUCUACAGUGUUUAUCCAGCUCAGACCUGUUUCAUAAUUAUGCCUAUCUAGAGUUCUGGGAACAGAUUCAAGAGCAUGAUGAAGGCUUUAUGUUUACACAGAUUUAGAGCAUAACUCUGCAACCAUCACUUGUGACACACACGGAUUUGCUCACGUGAAUAAGGAUUACUUACGUGAACAGGGCUUGCAGGAUUAGAUCCUUAUUUUUUUGUUCCAUUCAGAAAGCAAAAAUGGCAGAUGUUUUUCCUUUUUAAACACCCAUGCCUUUUAAUCAAAGAAAAUGCCUCCCAGUGGGUGCACAGCUAUGUGUGUGUUAAAUAUGUGAUAGAUAUUAUUUGCAGUACACAUACUGUGUGUACUAAAGCUUUGCAGAAACUGGUAUACAGGUACUUUUUUUUUUUUUUUUUUUUGUUUAAAAAACCAGCUGUUUCCACUGCUGUUUAGUAUCUGUGAACUGACAUCCCCAACGUAUCCUAACUGUAUUGAAGGCUAAUUAAAUACUAACUAAAUCCUUUUGCAUCAGACCUAAGCUAUUUCUUCAGCCCUGUUUGAUAGUAUAGUGUACGGUUUCCUCCAAGAUCCAUCAUGAAAGAGUGCUGACUAAAAUAGCUAACCAGUGGUAACUACAUUCCAGGAAUGAGCCGGAGCAAAGUAGCAAUAUUCUUCAACCAAACAUCUCUUCCAGUAACAAUUUUCUGUUGCUAGCUAAUUGCUUGAAGUUUAAAAAAAAAAAAAAAAAUACAGCCAGUUUUUGCCAUUCUUACUCCCAUUGGAUAGUAUCUUACUCCAGGAGUAAUCCUACUGAAAUGGAGGAAUAAAGUAUUACUCAGCUAACGGUGGCAGAAUCUGGCUCACGUUUGAUGAUAUUCUAAUAUAUACAUUCCUCCUGCUCCUGCCCCUCCAUUUUUCUCCCCCAGUAUCCUUAGCCUAGAGCUGAGAGGAGCCAAUCCUGAAAGGUGAGAAGUGCUUCCUAGAAAUUGCUGAGUGUGCUCAACUUCACUUUGCAAAAUUGGGCCCAGUUGAUUUUUUUUUGUUUGUUUUUUUCACUGAAAGUCAUGAGAGGGGCAUUUUGUCCCACAAACAGUAGCUCUCAGCAUCCCAGCCAAAGUCACCCUCUGUCACUAUUUCCAAUAACAACAGCAACUUCCAGGUGCAGCAGUCACAAUGUUGUGAGGACAGAUAGGGCUCUUUCAAAGCUAUUGAUAAUGCUGUUCCCUGUUUCUUGUGGUAGAGGAUGCAAGAAAGCAGUGCAGAUAUGGUCUCCAGGCAAAUGGAGCAGACACAAGCAACUUUCCCAUCUCCCCACUCUCCUUUCAUCCACCCCUCUUUCUUCCUCUCUCUCCUAUGCACACAGUAUCUCUAAGGUUGUCUAGAUUAGCGGAGGAAACUUUUGCUGGGCGUUUAACACCUUAAAAUAUUAAUCUAUAUUAACAAUUUACUACAUAACCUCAUUUGCCACAAUGUGAGUAGAAAUAAACAGAACCCAGGAAUAGCAGAUUUUUAUGCUGAGGCCGGAAACCAGGCAAGGCUCUGGACUCUGCUUUUGGCCCAGGGCUCGAUCAGAUCAGCAAACACCCCUACAGAGCGCAGCAAACUGAUUUUUAUGACCCCUCCAUUAGGUGAAUGCCUCUGCAUGUACUUCAUUGUGACUGCUGACCUUUGGGACGAUGCCACUGGAAUAAGGUUGGCAAGUAAGUCCUAUAACGAAGGCCAGAAGGGAUGGUUGGUUAGGGCUGUUCAGCAAGUUAUUGAGCAAGUGGGGUAGUUUAGCUCUGAAGCCCCAAUAUCCCCAAAGAUUUACAGCCUCCAGAUGAGUGAGGGAGGAAUAUUAUUAAGGACUGGUAGUCACUGCAUUAGUGUUGAGAGAAACAUUCCUAUGCUAGUGCCCUUGACUCUGAGGCAUGAUGGGGAGUUUUACUGUCGAUUUCAUCAGGAGCAGAAUCAGCUCCAUGAUGUACAAGAACUAGAACAUGGAACUGGAAGGCUCAAUAUGCAGCUGUUGAACAACAGGGAAGGGGGGGGGGGGGGGGGAUGCUGAUGCAGCAGCAGUGCUAUACACACGAAGGCUGAGCCAGGUGUAGUAACACGUAAGGACUAAAUCCUGUCAGGUGUUGAGCACCCUCGACUCUAUUUAGCUUAGUGGAAGUGGAGGCUGCUCCGCUGUGCAGAGGAUUGAAGCCUGUAGUGCUUGCAGCCACACUCAGUAGGUGUUUGAAAAAAGCAGUUGCAAUCUAAGAUUGUGCCAAGGUGCUUGGGUGGGAAGCAGUGUAAAUUGGCAACUAAUGAACAUCACUGACUAUUCCGUGUAAACUAAAGCAUUCUGACCAGAGAAUAUAUGAAUAACUUUCAUAGGGAUGAGGCAUAAAUGCCAGGCCUGGCACUAGUGCUCUACCCUCAAGAGAUCACCAAUCCCAUGGCUACGUUUUAUUAGUGAUACUGACUUUCAGAAAGCCACUGGUAUGCGUGCAUUUCUGGUCAUAAUUUGGGGAAGAUGUGAAAACACUAACAAGAACUGGACUCUCUUUUAAACACAAUAGACUCCUCGGUCAUUUAGGGCAACAUCUGCAUGAUGCAGAAUAGAGACGAUUGGGUUAUUUUGGGCUGCAGUCAGACCAGAGGAAAUGCAGUCUCACAAGAAGUCUGCUUGUUGUUGAUUUAAAAAUAUACCCGUGGAAAACUAGUCAAUGACACUCGAGUACAGGGCAACUUACUAUUCAAUAGAUAUUGGCAGCUUCUCCUUGGGUUUAAACUGUCUCUCUCUUCUCUAACACUAAGAGGGGAGGGAAAUGAGAGAAUGAAAAGUUACUCUGUGGAAAGCGUCUCUUGGCCUGUCAUUCUGCUGUGAGUUACACUGGAGAAGAUUUCUCUGAACUGAUGGAAAAUUCAACCUCCGGUUCCACAUGGUGUCUUGUUUCUCAUGUGAGCAAUCCCAGAGCCCUCAUCAUUGGGGAAAUGGAGGAUUGUCCUACUUUCAUUGUUAAAGUUCUAUAAAUUAUGAGUGAUGUGAACUUUUUUUUUCUCCUGGUGUGUUUACAGAGAGCUAGGCAGCAGCAUUAAGCAAUUGGGAAUGGAGUGUAUAAGUUUGUGUUUUUGAAGCUAAAGUAUACUGAAUAAUUGCUCACCUACUUGUUUUAACUUGUACUGUUUGAUCUUUGUCAGUCUGAAUUAAUUCAAGAUGCUUUUUGUUCCUGUUAUUUAGAGGAAGAUAUUUACUGGUUUGUUUUAAAGUCUGAUGUACAUUUUCAUCUCUGAGUUAGUUAUUUGCCAAGGCCCUCUUCCUCUCUGAAAGGAGUGGACACAGCAGAUUUCACUGGAAGGUGUGUGGGUGUAGAGGGCUGCCUUUGCAGCAGCAUCUCCUAGCCCUGGAACCCAUGGAACUCCCUCUACAAAUACUCUGCAGGAUUUGGAGGAAUGGUAGUGGCAAGAGCUUGUCCUCAUCACAUUCUCCCCUUCCCAGGCUGUGGAUAUCUGAACCUAUGCUGAUGCCGCUAGUAGUGGCCCCAUGUCUGCACCCAUCUCUGCCAGGGGGUUUUAUGCAGGCCAGGGGGUCUGAAAGCUGUGCUGUCAGGGGAGAGAGAGGACCAGGACCUCUGAGGAACUGUGGAUUUUCUUCUUCAGGAACCCUGGAGAUCUAUGGGGUGAGAGGCCCUACUCCCUGCCCUCAAACACCUCCCUCAAGGGAAGAAUGCCAGAAAACUCUGAGCCUGCAAGGUGCUAAGGAGCCUACCUCCCACGGACUUCACGGGGAAUUGAGGGCACUCAGCACUUUGCAAGACCAAGCCUUCUGCACGGUCAACCUGGCAGACUUUCCUGGGCCACCUGUACCUUUUGCCAUGGGCAUUUUGUCAGGAGAGGAAGAGUAGAUCUUAAGCAGUUUAAAGCUGCCUCUGUGGAGAAGUAAGAGCAAGAUAGAGCUCUCACAAAGUGUGACAAAUUCUGGCUUAUUACAUGGCUUAUAAACAUCAUCUCUCUUCUCUUAACAUGCAUGUGCAAUCUUUUGUUAAACAAGUUCUUGAAAGCAGCAGUGUGCUCUGAAAGUUAGUCUAGUCUACCUGCAGAAACCGCUUUGCUCUUUUAAUUUGCUUUUAGGGUGAAGGAUGUUUUGAAGUUUCCAUUUUGCAUAUGAUUAUUCAUUACAGCAAAAUAGUUAUUUAAAUGAGAAAUAUCUAGGGUUUGCUUUCAAAAACCAGGGUUUAAUAGAUUUUUAACUCAACUCAUGCCUUUAAACACAUACAUUCUCUAUUUUUUAGAAGACUGAUGUUGGCUUAAAUUGGGAUUUUUGCAUAUAACAUGGGGCAAGAUGAAAAACUGCAGUAAAGACAUUUGUGUGUAUUUUAAAAUAACAGCAUGAAAAGUAGUUAGAGUCUAAAAGAUUCACAAAACUGCAGUGGCUACUAAAAGAAACAGAGGGCCCAAUCCUGUGCCACUGAAGUCCAAUGGAGAUUUGUCAUUUAUUUCAAUGGGAGCAGAAUUGGGUCCUUGUUUAAAGAAGACUUACACUUGCUAUGGAAAAGUUUUCCUUUUUUCCUAACUUCACCACGUUGGCCCAAUCCUGCAGAUACUCUGAAUGUAGAACUGCUAUUGAUUUUGGCAACAGUUCUGCUUAUGGGCUGGCUGCCAAACUGAUCCUGAUGCUAAGAAAUCUCUCUCUCCUUUGAAGGGGUAUGCUUGUAUUUAACUUUAUGUAUAUGAGUUGUCUUAUUGGAGUUAGUGGGCCUACUCGCGUACCCUGAAGUAAAGUAUGUGUGUAUAAGUUUUUGCAGAUCAGGGCCGAAAUUAUUUAAUGUAUGCAUGAUGCAGGCAUGGGAAUAAAUGGUAUACAAUUUGUUUUAAAUGGUCAUUUAAAUAUACCGGGGCCUCUUUAAGUAACUUAAACAGUGGGUGCUCAUUUUAAAAAAAAAAAAAAAAGCAUGUUGUCAAACAGUGCUCUGGUUUUGGGUGGGAGAUACAGGGUGCUUGUGGUAAGAGAGGAGCCAAAGGUCUUUGUGGGGGGAAAUUGUUCAUCAUAUUACCAUAAAAUUAGUUAACAGAUUUUUUUGAGAUUUUUUUUCCUACCCACUCUAUAGAGUGGACACAGCUCUGUUCUCUCUGACUUCAGGGCAAGGAGUAUCAGGCCCCAAAAGCAAAACACCGUGUAUCCUUCUUCUGUCUUUGUGUAUGUCUGUGGCGUUACAGGGGGAUUGUGCUUUGUAUAAUAGAACUGCCAGGUAUAUUAUGGCACUGAGACCUCACUGUGGUGAUGCAAGUAUCUCUAGGGUUUCCGGGCAAGCUUUUUUGUAUGUGAAUGUGGGAUUCAUUGGUCCUUGCUUAUACUGGGCUGCAUUAUUGUGUAGUACUGAUGAAGUCAUUGUCAUUACAAUAGGGAUGGAUUGGGUCAACAACAUAUGCUGCCCCCAUCUUAAAAACUGACUGAACAUCUGAAUCUGGCAGUGAGAGUCAGAAGACUUCCUUUUCCCAUCACAUGGCAAGUCCACUUUCUAUGACACAGUUAUAUGGCACUGUUGUGUACACCUAAGAGAAGCAGAUCUAGCAGUCUGCGUUCUCUGGUAGGCUUUGGAAAUACCCGCCUUUUGAAACAGCCCCUCAGAGGGCUCAUAGGGAAAUAAACUGACUGAGGAGAAUCAAAUUCAGGCUUCUCUAGCACUAAAAUUCCUGAGCCCACUAAAAGGGAAACAGGAGAUCGUGCAGCAGAGUGCACCACCUCCCAGACUGAGGAAAGAAGUUAGACAUAAUUUCUGCCCUAUGUGGAAAAUAUAAUGUGUAACCUAGUGCCGUUAGAUGAUAGUUACCUCACAGAGACUGUGUCCUGUAUACUCUAGUGUUUGCUGCAAAGAUGAAUGAAUAACUUGCUUCCAGAACUAUUAUCAUGCCCUUACUAAUAUUGACUCUUAUUCCCAAUGCAGCUGGUCUGCAGUAUACACCCACAUUUGAACUCAGGCACACGCAGGAAUUACACUGCUUUCUACUCCAGAAAGUAAAUCGAGAACCCAGGUGGAAAUACUGAAUGGUACUAAUUUUUGUUGCCUUAAAACUCAGAUCCAGAAGAGAGUGUACUAGAACUGCUGUUGGUGUAACUAGCCUCGGCUACAUAUGAAUAUGUUUUUUUUUCUUCUCUGCUGUUAAAUAUUUAUAAUGAAGGCCUGUAGCAAUGGCGAACCUUUUGGCCUGCUGUGAUUUCAGUGAUUAAAAAGAAUAUAAUAUAAUAA